UCGUUGUCUUUCCCUGGUAUCCCAACUCAACGCCAUCAUGGUAGAUCUAAACCAGCUACUGGCUAUUACUCCGGCACCGCUUCUCGCAGCGCUAACAGCAGCAAUAUUCCUCGCUCUCUACGAACACCUCCGCCACUUUCGCAAAACCAUACAACAUCUGCCGGAAGAGCCAAAGGCCGGGGUGAAUAUUGACCACGAGCAACAACCGACUGAAUUGCCGUACCCAGUGCAUGUCUUUCCCGGAGGAAGAAAGAUUCGGACCGUAUAUGGAAUGAUCCAGGUGUUUGAAUGGGGACCCGAAACUGGCGAGAAGGUCUUGUUGGUGCACGGUCUCGGCACCCCAUGUAUUGCCUUGGGGGAUAUGGCAAAAGAGUUUGUGCGUAGGGGAAACCGGGUGAUGCUCUUCGACCUCUUCGGUAGAGGUUACUCGGAAACGCCGAAUGAUCUCCCACAUGACGCUCGGCUCUACACGACACAGAUUCUUCUCGUUCUCUCAUCUUCUCCCCUCUCAUGGACGGGAUCAUCCGCCUUCCAUAUCGUUGGAUUCUCCCUCGGCGGCUCAAUCGCCGUCGCAUUUGCUGCUUACCACGCAACCAUGCUUCGUUCGAUUACUGUCAUCUGUCCGGGAGGACUGAUCCGCCCAUCGCAUAUCAGCCGCCGAAGUCAGGUCCUCUACUCAUCUCGCUUCAUCCCAGAGUGGCUACGCCUCCGACUCCUUCGUCGCGACCUAGAACCGAGCACCGGCGCCCCAAGUGCCGAUGUCCCCGACGCAGCCCAGGGCGCAGAUAUGGACUUCGACGCAGUGCCGAUCUCAGCGGAUCGGCCACAGGUGAGGAUCGGCGACGUGAUCCGAUGGCAGCUCCGCGCGAAUCCGGGAUUCGUGCCGUCGUAUUUGAGCACCAUCCGAGGGUGUUUGGUAUAUCGGCGUCAUGACCAUGACCGAAUGUGGGAAGCCCUGAGAGACGAACUGGCGCGUCGUCGAACAUCAGAUGCACCGCCCGGUCUACCGGGUGGUCGUGCUUGCCUGAUUCUCGCGGAUCGGGAUGUGAUCGUCAUGAAAGACGAAUUCCUCGAGGAUUUGCAAGGGCUUCUCAGUGCCGAAGAUGUUGACGAGCACGUCAUCACGGGAGGUCAUGAGAUUGGCGUGUUGCGAGGCAAGGAUGUGGCAUCCAUCGCCGUAGAAUCGUGGAAAUAGAUAGCGUUAGACAUAGAAACAUCGGCCAUCGGCCAUCUAUACGCAGUAUUGCCACGCUCACUGUGAACUUCGCAAUGCACUACGUAGUCAGGCAGUAAAUCCUCC